ACUCACCACUCCUCCACGCACGCUUCCCUCUUCCCGCGUGUGUGCCGCACCCUCUCCGUGCCACUCAGCGCUUGAUGCCGCGCACGCCGCCUCGGCAGCCUGGCUCGCGCCCCGGCACGGCCAGCAGCAGCAGCAGCGCUGGCACGGGACACCGCAUCGCCGGCGUCGCCAGCCGCGGCAGCAGCUUGACGCGCGCCGCAGAGUCCUCGCCAGCCGCAGCGGCCUCGCAGGCGGGCGAGGGCAGCGCUGUGUCUGGAGCUGCACAUAUGGCCAGCCGCGACGCAGAGGCAGCGCCAAAGGCCCCGACGCCGCGUGCCGGGAGCAGCGCGCCAGUGACGGUCAUGUCGAUCCGCGGCGCGGCGCAGCGCAGGGGCGACUCGGCCACCGCCUCGCCAGCAGCUGUCGCAGCCAAGCUGCCGCCACAGCAGACUGCAGCGCCCGAGCCACCUGCACCGGUUGAUGCCGUCCUCGAGUCGCAGCCGGCCACGGCUGCGCCAGCAGAGAGCUCGCGGGUGCCAAGCCGCGAGCUGGCACACGCUGCAGCCUCAAGCCGUGCAGCCGAAGACAGCACCAAGCGGAGCCGCUCACCGCCACGCAAGUCAUCGGACCCGUCGCCGCGCCGACAAAGUGCGCGGCCGGAUCGUGACGCCGACGCAGACGAGCGGCGCGUGCGUCCUCGCAGCGACGCUCCGGCCUCGGAUAGGAGGGGGUCGCUGAGCUACGGCGAAGCACGCGACAGGGCCACGAGCCCGAGCAAGGCAUCGGAGGGCCGCGCUGAUCGCCGCGACUCAGAGCGAGACAGGCGCCGCAGCGGCGACGACCGGGAGCGCCGUCGCAGCGGUGAGCCUCGCUACGAGCGUCGGGACGAGGAGCGCCGCGAGCACUCGUCUCGGCCGAGCGACUCUGGAAGCAGAGAGCACGAGCGCACUCGCGAGCGCCGCACCUCGAAUCGAUACGAGCGAGACGACCGCGAACGCCGGCGUGACGAGCCGCGCAGCGACCGCUCAGAGAAGCGCGAGCGGCGCGAGAGCGGCGAAGUCUCUGGCGAGCGAAGUGAACACCGCAGCAGGGACGGCGGGCGCGAGGGCACCUCGGAGCGUCGCAGCAGCCACGCUCGAGAGGACCGCGAUCGCGCAGGUCGGGAUGCCGUGCGCGACGACAGCCAGGCCAGCCGGCGGCGCGAGCGCAGCCGCGAGAGCGACCGGACGCGCGACGACGACUCCCGGCGGCCUCGCAAUUCCGACCGGCGCGAGCGGAGCAGGAGCCGCGAGCCUCGCGAGCACGGCCGCGGCAUCGGUCGCGACGAGCGGUCGCGCCACGAGGAAGGGCCGCGUGGAGAGCGUGCUGGGGCCAGGGACGAGCCAUAUGGGCGUCGCCCCGAGCGGCCUGUACUCCCCGGCGUCACAGGUGAUUCGUGGAGGCCCGCAGCCAGCAGCUCGCACGCGCCGCUCGAGCCCGAGCCGUACGCGCGGCGAUCAGGCUCCAACGGCAACGACCACGCCAGCAACAAUGGCUGGGGCCAGCGACACCUUGACGACUCUUCGCGCUUUCCUCGCGACCGCUAUGGCGCACCCGGAGCACGCGACGACCGGCGCUCGUACGACAGCCAUCCGUCGUCCUUUGAUCACCGAUCGUCCGACUCUGAAGCCCGUGCGAACCGCACCUCGGACGGCUGGGGCUCGAGAGCUCGCGAGCGCUCGCCGCCGGGCAGAGGCGCACAACAGUGGCGUCCUGCGGAUCGGCGCGCCUCGCCGCCGCCGCUGGCUCCGCAGAUGGAUACGCGCCAAGGAUCAGGCAGGCUCGAGGACGACAGAUCGCGGCGUUCGCCGCUCCCUGUCCGACCAGCCUCGCCUCCGUCUGGGCCUCACCCUGAUGGCCGUAACGGCGCUACGUCGCACAGCUCGCGCGUUGAUGCAGGCCCGCUGACUGGGCCAGCUGCACUACGGCCAGCUGCAGAGCCGGCGUCGCAUUCCGGCGCCGAAGCGCGUGCCGAUGAGCUGCCGCGUGCCAGGUCUGUGAAGCGAGACACCUCGCCGCCGCCUCCGCCAGCUCCAGAUGCUGCGUCUCAAGCGCCCGAGCGCGAGACUCCACAGCCGCCGGCAGAUGCGCCGCCGCCCGAGCCCAGCCCGCCGCCGCCGCCGCCGGCCAUGGACGAAGACGGCGACGUCGAGAUGGGCGUCGAGGCGGGCACGAGUGCGCCGCCAGAGGCCUCAGCUGCAGGCAACGGCGUGCCCGGCGCCGGUCCGCGCAUCAGCGGGCGUGCGCUGCGCCGCCUGCGCCCGCCGCGCGUGCCGCUGGACCAGCGCAAGUUCACGGGCUGCAGCUCGAUCGACAUGUACGACGUCGGACAGAAGCUGGGCCAGGGCACGUUCGGCGUGGUGGAGCGUGCUCGUCACAAGAUCACGGGCGCGGACGUCGCUCUGAAGCGCGUGACAAUCCACGACGACAAGGAUGGCUUCCCUCUGACUGCCAUCCGCGAAAUCAAGCUGCUCAAGCGCCUCUCGCAUCCGGCCAUCGUGCCCGUCAUCGAGAUGGCCUUCCGGCCCGCGCCAGAGGCCCGCCGGCCGUCCGAGAUCUACAUGGUCGAGCCGUACAUGGACCACGACCUGAACGGCAUGCUCGAGAACCCGAGCAUCACCUUCAGCCCGUCGCAGAUGAAGCUGUACAUGAAGCAGCUGCUCGAGGGCACGCUGUUCAUGCACAAGAACAAGAUUCUGCAUCGCGACAUGAAGGCCGCCAAUCUGCUCAUCAACAACCAGGGCCAGCUGCAGAUCGCCGACUUCGGCCUUGCGCGUCCCUAUCACGACGCUGGACCCGGGCACGCCUGGCGGCGCGGCGGCUGGAAGGGCGGCGACGCAGCGCACCCAUACACCGCCAUGGUUGUCACGCGCUGGUAUCGUCCGCCGGAGCUGCUCGCUGGCGAGCGCAAGUACGGCCCGCCGAUCGACAUGUGGGGUCUUGGCUGCAUCCUCGCCGAGAUGGUCCAGAAGGGUCCGAUCUUCAAGGGCACGUCGGAGAUCCACCAGCUCGAGCUGAUCUCGGAGAUCUGUGGCUCGCCAAACGAGAUUAACUACCCAGGCUGGUACUCGCUACCCGGCGUCAAGAACGCCGAGCCGGACGGCCGCCAGACGGCCAACGACACGCCGGGCCGUCACGACUUCGGUCAGCACCGGCGCAACGUGAUCGGGCACUUCACGACGGGCCCUCUCUUCGUGCGUCGUGAGCUGGCCGACCUCAUCGACAAGCUGCUCGUGCUCGACCCGCGCAAGCGCAUGACUGCAGAGGAGGCACUGCAGCAUGAGUGGUUCUGGCAGCCGCCGUACCCGGCGCUCGCCACAUCUCUGCCCAAGUACGAGGCAUCGAAGGAGAUUGACCGCCAGCAGCGGCGCGACAAUCGCAAGCAGGUGCCGCCGGCGCCGAUGCCAGCGGGCCCGUCGGGCGUGAUGAGCAGGCCGUCGUCGGGCCAGCACAUGCCGUCGGGCAUGUCGAUGACCGGCCCUGGCCCUUCACGACUUGGACCGGGCGGCGGUGGCGGCGGACCCAUGCGCGGCCCUCAGGGCAUGUCGUAUGGUGGCCUACCGCCCCGGCUCAUGCAGCCGGUCGGCGCUGCAGCGUACAAUGGCGGCGGUGCAUACGACGGUGGCUACGGCGGCCGGCCGCCGAUGCACCAGCAGCAAGCAUACCAGCAGCAAGGCGGAUACGCGCAGCAGCAAGCCGGCGCGUACCAACAGCAGCCGCCACAGCAGCACCAGCACCAGCAGCAGCAAGGCGGCAGCUACGGCGGCGGCAGAUACCCGCAGCAGCAGUACGGCGGACCGCCGCCUCCGCAGCGGAACUACGAGUACUGAGGCCGGACGGCGAGCACAACUGCGCCGUCCCUCGCAGCUUCUUGCAUCGCCUGGCGGAAUACGAUGCCGUGGCAUCGAUCGGGUG